CCAGGCAUUAUACGAAUUGAUAGCAAUAGGUGUUAAUACAUACCUAUGUCAUAUGCCAUACGCGUACUAUGGGCAGUUGUGUUAGUGCUGCUCCUUAAUCUUUAUGGCGCAGCUCCUAGGGCUGCAUUAAGACAGAACUACCUCGCAUACUCAGUUUUGAAGCCAUAUCUUAGGAAACCCAAAGUUCGAAACCGUACAACACGGGAGGAGAAGACGCGUAGAUCGGCUUUUCAUAAGCAAUUGCAUAAAGAACUUCGUAUGAAAUACUGGGAGCGAUUAGACCCUGCCGUAAAUACGAUCAUAAACUACAACUCAAAAACUGAUUCAGGUCCUGUGAUCGACCCAAAAAGGGCGUUCGUAGUCCAAGAAGUUAUACCACAACUUGUUAAACUGGAGAACCAACAAGUCAACUGCACGCUCACUGCUGAACAAUCGGAGUCAUUCGAUAGACGGGCCGGACUUAAGCUAUACUGUGAUAUUAAGGCUGUUUUCUCCACAAUCGCAGAUAACAUCAACAACAAUGAUGUUUUCACGGACUUCCACUUGAUGGCAUCGCAAGAUCAGUUACUAAAGCUCCAGGCAGACGUAGAUUACAUCAUGCCUCUUGUUAAUGCCCGCGAAGAACCUGAGCCGUCAACAGAAUGCAUUGAAUAUUGUAAUCACAUUGAACAACUUGCACAUGAGGAGCCUAUAAAGUUUUUAGCGCACUCAUAUUAUAUUAUUAAGGAUUGGCAUCUAACUAGACGACAUUUUUUGGCUCGAUUUCGUUAUCAUUUAAAAUUAGUUAGGAAAAUGAAGGCUGCUUCUUUCGAUAACGACUGUGAUACUUUUGAGAAAACGCUGAAUAAAACAGCAAUUAAUUGGACUAGGGCCGAAAAAAACAUCUUUAUCUACGAGCUACAGGUAGCCCAAAAUAUGGCACAAAACGCACUCACAUCGGCAAUCAUAUACCCUUGUAAGGCUUCUUACGCUGUAUCGCAAAUAUGUGAAACAUCGUGUUAACGGUUCGCUUUCAUAAAGUA